AUGAAUUUAUGUUUAUUUAACAAAUUACUUCAAUUAACUGAACCUCAUUUAACAAAAAAUAGCUAUCGAGCAUUUCCUGCAGAACAGAGAUUGAUAAUAGUAUUAAGAUAUCUUGCCACUGGAGAUCUUCCUUUGUCUAUCGCUCUAUCAUUUCGAAUUGGUGAAUCAACAAUGCGUAUGUUAAUUAAAGAAGUAUGUCAGAUAUUAAUAAAUGUAUUACAACCACUGUAUCUAUCACAACCAAAUGAAGAAGAAUGGAAGUCGUAUGCUGAAGGAUUUUGGAAGAGGUGGAAUGUGCCAAAUUGCAUAGAGGCAGUAGACGGAAAACACAUUACCUUGCAAUGUCCCCCUAAUUCGGGAAGUCUUUUUUAUAAUUACAAAAAAUAUUAUAGUAUUGUUUUGAUGGCAGUGGCAAACCACGUAUAUAGAUUUACGUUAGUUGAUGUUGGUGCAUACGGUGGUAACAGCGAUGGCGGAAUUUUUAACGAUUCAUUAAUUGGGGAAAAUUUAAAAAAUGAAAACUUAAAUCUACCAAAGGAAACAUUCAAAUUACCUGGAAGUCAAAUCUGUACACCAACUUUUUUAUUGGCAGACGAUGCUUUUGCAUUAAAUACGAGAAUUAUGAAGCCAUAUACCGGAAGAAAUUUAAAUGAAGAACAAAAAAUAUGCAAUUAUAGAUUUUCUCGAGCUAGGCGAACAGUCGAAAGCGCCUUUGGAAUAUUUUCUAAUAGAUGGAGAAUAUUUCGACAAUCCAUUUGUAUGCUGCCAAAAACAGCCGAUUUGAUAACAACAGCAUCGCUCUGCUUACAUAAUUUUGUAAUGGUUGAAGAAGAACGCUGUAAACUAAAGUUAUACAGCACAACUGAAUUUCUUGAAAACGAUAGAAAUAAUCAGGAUAUGCAGUGGUUGUCUUUUUCGGAAAACCUAUGUUAUAAUGAACCCGUAUCUUCUGCUUCGAAACAAAGAGACACAUUGUGUAAAUAUUUCAUAUCACCUGAAGGAGAAGUACCGUGGCAAUACGAUUACGUGCGAAGAGGUACAUAUGGUGAAAAUAUUUAAUAAUAUAAAAAUAAUGGUUUCUAUACACAUACAUUUAA